UUCCUGUGUCAGUUGGAAGCAGCAGUGGGAAGGGUAAAGAGUGGUGGUGACAAACAUCAGAAGUGGUUUCUUGGAGCAAACUAAAACACUGGUAUUAAUUUAAACGGUAUUAGCCGACAGCGCAGAUGCAUUUAAGUAUUUGUUUAUAGGUCAACAAUGCAGAGGAGUGAGAUGGAGGAUCCAGUAGCUGAUAGCAGUGCAGAUGAUACAGAGGAGAGCACAGCUGCAUCUGAGAUGAACAACAGCCCUAAAGAAGCCGUAACACAGACGGAUGGCACACCAACCAAUUCUCAGGCAGAGGAAGGCUUGGCUGGAGCGAGUUCUGCUUCCCGUGACAUGGCGGAGGAACUGAGCAGACAGCUGGAAGACAUCCUCAGCUCCUAUUGUCAUGAGGACGGCGAGGAUGCGGCGGUGACCAACGGCCAGCCCGACGGUGUGGAAGUGAACGGGCUGUGUGAGAAGGAGGACGGCAAGCAGGAGGACGCCAAACUGAAUGGCAAUGGAUGCACUGAGAAGGAGCAGAAAAAGCUGCAGGACAAGAAGAAAGUCAAGGGACUGGGCAAGGAGAUCACCCUUCUCAUGCAGACCCUCAACACAUUGAGCACUCCAGAGGAGAAGCUUGGUGGUCUCUGUAAGAAGUACGCCGAGCUGCUAGAGGAGCACCGCAAUGCUCAGAAACAAAUGAGGGUUCUGCAGAAGAAGCAGACGCAGUUGAUCCAGGAGAAGGACCACUUGAGAAACGAGCACAGCAAAGCCAUCCUGGCACGCAGCAAGCUGGAGAGCCUCUGUCGAGAACUGCAGAGACACAACCGCACACUUAAGGAGGAUGGUGUGCAGCGUGCCCGGUUGGAGGAGGAGAAAAGGAAGGAAGUGACCUCACAUUUCCAGGUGACUCUGAACGACAUCCAAGUUCAAAUGGAGCAGCACAACGAGCGUAAUGCAAACCUAAGGCAGGAGAACAUGGAGCUGGCUGACAAACUGAAGAAGCUUAUUGAGCAGUAUGAGCUCAGAGAGGAGCAUAUUGACAAGGUGUUCAAGCAGAAAGAUCUGCAGCAACAGCUGGUAGAUGCGAAGCUUCAUCAGGCACAGGCUCUGCUCAAGGAAUCAGAGGAUAGGCAUCAGAAGGAGAAAGAAUUUCUCCUGAAAGAGGCUGCCGAAUCCCAGAGGAUGUAUGAGCUUAUGAAACAGCAGGAAGUCCAUCUGAAACAGCAGCUGUCAUUGUACACAGAAAAGUUUGAAGAGUUUCAAAACACACUUUCCAAAAGCAACGAGGUGUUCACAACUUUCAAGCAAGAGAUGGAAAAGAUGACAAAGAAGAUUAAGAAGCUGGAGAAGGAAACAACCAUGUACAGAUCACGAUGGGAAAGUAGUAACAAAGCCCUGCUGGAAAUGGCAGAAGAGAAAACUCAUCGAGACAAGGAUUUCGAAAGCCUGCAGGUGAAGGUGCAGCGACUGGAAAAGCUCUGUCGUGCAUUACAGAUAGAACGCAACGAGCUGAGCAAGAAAGUUCAGGGGGUCUCCACGGGCGUUGAGAGUAAGCCAGAAACGGAGACGGGGUCCCCAUCAGAAGCCACAGACUCGGAGGAGGGCAGCCCUGUCCAUCAGAACGCCGCAGAGACUCCGCAAAGCGCUUGCAGCCCGGCGUGCCACUGCGCUCCCGAUUCAGAGGCCGAGACUCACAGAGAGGUUUGCUCGGCCCAGGAUUGAGUCUCGCUGCUUGUGGGCGGCCAGGACACACACAAUCCUUCCCGCCUCUACCAGACCCCCGACCCUCCAUCGGCAGUCAGCGUCUGUUGUUUUCCACAGCGGAACCGCCGACUCGGCUGCUCCCGAGGGGUUUCAUUGUGUCAGGGAAGAUUGUGCCUUCAACAUGAUUCCUAUGCUGCGUUUCUAAUCUUUGGUUUUUAUGUGGCUCGCUUGAUUCCUCCCUAUCUCCCCCGGAAGACUCCAUAUUUGCAUUUAGAGGGGCAUGGAUGUUGCUGCUGUGUCGGAAUGCUCAGUGUUUGUCCACUAAAUGCUUGCGUCUUUUCGGUUUGGCUGAAAUGGUGAAACGGCAAUUGUGAUGCGAUUCUAUUUCAUUAAGUGUUUUUGUUUCAUUUCUCGCCUUAAGUUGUUGUAUCGGGUUAAAUCUGCUUGUACACUUCCCAGCCACCCUCUUCCUUUCGGGUUUAAACCCCACAGAUCAUAGUUUGCACCAAACAAAGAAUGUACGAUUGGUUAUUCGUCUUCACUACUCGGAGUUUAGAAUUGUAGAUGUAGAGCUAAGACUAACAUUUGAGUUUCUUUUAUGCUUUUGCACAACACUUGAAUUUUGUCACGCGUAUCUUUUAACUCAAGUUUACACCACCUUUAAACACCACUAGCUUCUUUAAUUUAAUAUAUCCAGCGUUGUAGAUGCACUCCUUUACCAUUCCAUUAACGUCUAAUUAGGAAUGUGCACUUAAACGGUGUCACGACAGAUGACAUCUCAUUCGGUGUGUGAUUUCAGUUUGGACGGGUUUUCACGUUCAGUUGCUUCAGAUACUGACUUUGUGGCUUACUAAAUGUUUAACAUAUUCAAAACGUAAAAGAAGAAAAGCCCAGUUACGUCAGAUUAAACGGGAAGAUUCAAGGACACUCUAUGCAAUUCUAGCUCUGUUCAUGUCAUCUCGGUGUUGAGCUUGUGAGCAAAGAACUGACAGGCUGAGAAAUGAAUGUACGCUCCACACAAAGUGACUUAGUUUUGAGUAAAUUUCAGCACUCUUGAAUUUUUUUUUUUUCGUUCCCUCCAAUACUUUUAAGAAUUUGUAGUUUUUGUGCCCCUUCAGUAGCCUUGCUGAGUGGAGCACGAAAGUAUCGAUAAAGUGUGGAGCUUACUGUGCAUCGAGUCAUGGCCAUGCAAUCCCCUUCAUAUUUCAUUCCAGUCGGUCAAGGUUUCUGUACAGGUUUAGAUUUCGUUACAAGACGUUUGUGAACUGGUAUGUGUGUGAAAAUUGUUUUAUUUUAUUUGCUGGUCAUUCGAAUUUGACAUUCCCAUCAUAUAAGGAGGUACCAAAGAUCUUUGUUCAUUUGUUUCCCGCCACAUCCUGUAAUCAUUUAUUUGCGAAUAAAAAUACUAAGAAAAUUAAAA